AGGUAUAAAUAUCAACAAGAGCGAGCACGUUGUCGCUUUAUUUUUCUAUUGUGUUUACUUCAACAAUGGAACUGAAGCUGUACACGGGUUUCUACCAUUGAAAUGUGUGCGAAUGUGUGAGUGAAAGUUGCACACCCGCAAGCCACUUUACGUUGUCGGUCUAACCUAACAUUUUUAUUUCCUCAUUCAGCACCCAAAAAAAAAAAUCCAACAUGUAUUUGUGUGUAUUUGGUUAGUGUGAUAGUUUAUGUACAGCAUCUCCGCAUGAACGCAACGUGUAUGCACAGACUUGAGUUUCAGUUUUUUCGCGAUUUUCCCAGUGUAUUGUUGGUUACAGUACACGUGAAUUGGUCAAACAAUUUAGAAAAGUAGAAAAAGGAGAGAAAAAAUACAACAAGAACGCGACUCUAGUGUUCUAUAAACACUAAAUAAAUUAGAUCAAACCGUUUAACCAAUUCAUUACAGUAAAUCGGCAAUAUUUAAGUUUGAUAUUUCAUUUUGAACGUGUGUUAUUGUGUGAAUUUUGCGACCGUAAAAUCUGAUGCGUGUGCUGUGCACACGUGAAGAUUAGACUAUGAGGAAGUGACCCCACGAUUAACAUAUUUUCCAGAAUUAAUUAAAAACCAAUUUAUCGGUUCAGUGCGUGAUCCUGACAAUAUUUUCGAAAGAACAACACACAUUUUUGGAAAAGAAUUUUAGGUAGAAAUCUUUCAAUGGAUGCUGGUACGUGCAGAGGCGUUCAAUUCGGAAAUUAUGCUUACAACAUGUCAGGAGUCACCACUGAACAACAAUCUGAAUCGAAAUCAAAUGCGAUACAAGGCGAAAAUCAUCUGGAUAAUUCCUACAAUGGUAUUGAAUUUACCAACGAACACUAUGAUGACUAUGAAUUGCAAGACGUUGAAAUCAUUGCAAUCGAUCCGGAUAGUUUUUAUUCGGAAACCACAUCUAGCUCAGGAUCAUCGUCGGAUUCGGAGUCGGAGUCUGGUGAAGAUAAUGAACAACAUGAAGUACAUGUGUCGACAAACACCCUGUUCCAUGGAGCUCCGUUUGAUGUGCAACAAUCAAAUGAUGACUUUGAUAUCAUAACAUUGAAUAUCGACGAAGAAUUUCCGAUUGACCCACAGGUGGAUGACAUUUUAUUCAAAAAUGAUCAUCAAUUCGAUUUAGCCAGUUACAUUGGCGGUGAAAGUAAUUCGUUAUUGUUGUCUCCAGUUAACGAUUCAUCGGCUCGACGCCGAAUGAUAUCAUUGAGUGACAUUGGACACAUCGAAAGCCAUAACACACCCAAUAAAAUCGAUUUAUCAAACUCGUUACGAACGUCCGCCGUUCAACAAACAAACGCAACCCAUGACAAAGUAGCCAAAACUCCGGCAGGCAAUCGGCGAAAGAGGAAAAAUCUAUCACGCGAAUUCAUAAAAACUAGUGAUAGCGAAGAUGAGAAAGAGACUAGUACAAUAAAAAACAGUAUAAAUAGCGUAGCUGAAAGUAGUAAACGUAACAAACGCAAAGUAGAUGAUCCCGUUUGGAUUCCAAACGCUGACAAACGUGGUGCUAAAGCGCCAAAACAAACUGCCGUUAGCCAUGUAAAACAGAUUGUCGAUCGCAAAGAUUUAGUGGAAAAUAAGAAAGCCACAAAAACUAUUCCAUCAGCUCAUGGGAAUAGUUUGAGGAAUAUGCUAAAGCAACAAUUGCUCUCCGAACGUCCGAUGAACAAGGGAAAAUUACUCAAGACAAUGUCUGUGCCAGCCGGCGCAACCGAAAAGCUGAACCAACCGAAAGUGGUUCAACAUCCAAUCAAACGUAUGGGCGUUGGCCGCGGUAAAGACAUUCAAAUCACCGCCAAAUAUUAUAAUUGUAAUGAAACGAGUGAUAAUUAUGAUGUACGUGAUAAGAGUUGUAAGCAAGAUAGGUUUCAUCAAAUUUAUACGGAUUCCGACACCUCCGAGUCUGAGUCUUCUUCGUCCGAAAGUUCAGAGUCUGAUGAUUCUGAUAUAGAAGUGAAUAGUGAGCCAACUCCAUCACCAAAAGAAAUUCGCAAAGUGAAGCAAGAUCCAGUCAUUCAAGUCAAUAGCAAUAAGGAAAAACCACGAGAAAACCAUUUCGAGAAAAAACCAAGUGCUGGAGAACUUGUGAACAAAAACGCCGGUAGUAACGUAAAAGUGAAUAUUACAAAGCCAACCAUUAUUGAUAGCAACAGCCUGGACUCGACUGAUUUCGCACGGGCGCUUGUUACAAAUGCGAAGAAAGUGACCAAAGCUAAACCAACGGUGUCGAAAAAGAAGAGCAACUUGGAACAACAGAAACGCUUGAUUCAAUCGAAUAUGUUGUUGCAAAAUCCAGCCAAGUUUAGAAUAUUCGCAGACGAUAAGAAUAAAAUCGUUUCGAAUGGAACAAUGUCGAUGCGUAAAUCGAAGAUAGGUUCAAAUGUGUUGGCCGAACGUAAGCCGAAACCAGCUAACAUUGUGCAAAAGUUACCCGCAAUAGUUGAAAAAGUGUUUCAAUGUGAAAAAGAAAUCAAAACUGAGCAGAUCAAUGAAGAAAUUAUCGAUGUUGUCAAUGUUGUCGAAGUUAAAGAUAUCAUCGAUGUGCAAGAACAAGUGAAACCAGAUGUUAUGAUUGUUGAAGAAAGUAAAGUUGAAUCGAGUGCAAAGCGGAAAUUGAAUAUCCAGGAAUAUUUGAAACGUAAGAGUUUGAAAACAUCUCACAACAGUGGUGCCAGUAUUAACGGAAGUUUCAUUGUAAAUAUCAAAACGGAGAAAAUUGGGAAUGAAGCACCGAUGGAAUCAAACCAGAAAAAGAACGAAACAAAUGAAGAAGCAUCGCCAAAUGAUGUGUUUGUGGGAAAUUCAAUGUAUGAAGAGAUCAUCAUUGUUUCAAUGGGAUGCAACACCAAUAUAUCAAUUCCAGAGGCAUCAUUCAUUCAACCGUCCGAGAUGAAAGACGGCAAAUCGGUCAAAUCAAAAGUUUUACUAUCGGAUAUUCAAACGUCAGUUGAAAAGGCCAAUUCGAAAAUUUCGAGUAUGUCAUUGAUAUCAAGUAUACAAGAUGUUAUUUUGAAAAAAACUCACAGCAUCGAACAAAACGACAAGAAAGACGUUACAGUAGGUGGAGAUGAAGACGCCACGAAUGGCAAAGACAAAGAAAAAGAAGUGCCAGAACAUGGCGAGAACAAAGUUAUCAUGCAUUUGCGUAAAGAUCGAGUACGACCGACCAGAGUGUCAACGUCCAUACAAACCGAUCCCUAUUUCCAAUUCCCACCAUUGGAAAAGCUCGUACCACUGUCCAAGAAGCAAUCAAUCAUGACUGAGAAACGCAUGGGUAGCAUACCCAGAGAUAAUCGAUCAAGCGAAAUGCACUUUUUGCAUACCGAAACUAAAAAUAGAAUACAUCGCAACUAUCGCGGGCCGAGCCAUUUAUCCGAGUCGAGUUAUUAUAGUGACGAAGACGACAAAAGCGUUCAGAGACGUUCACGGCAUUCAGACUUUAUGGAGCACAGCGCUGUUCGACACCGACGAUCGCGUAGAGAAUCAAGCCGAUAUUCAUCGUCGAAAUACGAUAAAUAUAUUAGUAGACAUCGCACUAUCAGCCGAUCACUGUCGACCAGCAGUGAUAAUUCAACUACCUCAACCGAUUCAUCAUCCUCAUCGCAAUCAUCAAGUAGCUCAAGUACAUACGUUUCUAGUGCAUCGGUACGAUCAUUGAAUAGCUACGGCGGUAGCUCAUCGAAAUCGUAUUACGGUGACGAUCAUCAAUAUUACAGAAUACGCACAUUUUCAAACAAUUCCCGACGCAGCAACUAUCGACAAAUGACAUCGAAACGAUCCAACUCACCAGAGGAACGAAGAAUUGUUUACGUUGGACGCAUUGAAGAGGAGACAACGAAAGAAGAGCUACGUCGAAAAUUUUCGGUUUAUGGUCAAGUGAAACAAGUGUCAUUGCAUUACAAAGAUUCCAAGUUGAAAUAUGGAUUUGUUACAUUUGUACGUCCAUGUGAUGCAUACACUGCCAUCGAUGACAGUCCAAAAAAUUCAGCAAUUUGUCAUUAUGACAUCAGUUUCGGAGGCCGACGUGCCUUCUGUCGCGAAAAGUAUUUUGAUUUGGACAAUUCUGGUCAUGGAUUCCGUGAAGAUAAAACCAGUCCAAUAAAGCAACAAACGAAGAUCGAUAAUGAUGAUUCAUUUGACGUGUUGCUACGCAAAGUGAAGGAGAAGAUGCAAGAGAAAAAAUAGUCACAUUCGAAGUCGAAAAGAAUAGUUAAUUGCGAUUGAUGUAUAGCUUUUUUCUAAGACAUUCAAUCGAAAAAAAUGUUUUUUUUCCUUUUUUUAUACUUGAACUUUUUUUUGUUAUACCGGCGAUUUUCAGAAAAAAAAAACAAAUAAAACAACAAAAACUUUAAAGUUGGUA